AUGGCUUCUCCAAUGCCUUUUCUCACCUUGCUUUUCUUCUCUCUUCUGCUCCAACUACACUCUGUAACUUCUGUAGAUUUUCAAGUCGGCGGCGACGACGGCUGGGUUAUGCCCAAAUCCAAGAACGACGCUGAGAGUUACAACCAGUGGGCUGCUAAAAAUAGGUUUCAAGUUGACGAUACUGUCCGUUUCAAGUACAAGAAAGACUCAGUUAUGGUGGUGACUGAAGACGAGUACGCUAAAUGUCGAUCCGCCCAUCCAGUCUUCUUCUCCAACAAUGGAGACACUGUCUUCAAGCUGGACCGACCUGGUUUGUUCUACUUUAUCAGUGGGGUCACAGGCCACUGCGAGAGGGGUCAGAAGAUGAUCAUCAAAGUUCUGGAGAACACAACAUCUCCACCGUCCGAUCAAAAUCAUAAUAGCACUGCACAUUCUUCAUCCGGCAGUGGUGGUGUUAGAAUGACCGGAUUUGGGUCUAGCAUGGCUAGUACUCUUACUUAUGUUACGAUGUCGUUUUUGGGGUUUAUUUUCUUCUAG